GCCAGGUUGCAGGAGCUCAGACACCGCUCUGUUCUGAACACAGAGCUCACUCACACUAACAGUCUUCUUAGGGAUUUUUAUUUUUUUUUUUUACUAACAACUUUUCAUAGUCAGUAACAAACAAGAAAUAGUGAUCAAGUUCUGAAACCCUGUGUAAACUUCACUUUGAUUUUGUAUUAUUAUCUAAAACGUGUUGCAAAUUGUACUGAAGCGUACAACUUUUGAACAAGUGGAUAAAGUUUUUUUUCGCUGCGCAGGAGUGGAAAAUAUACUCUGUAGGUCUGAAUUUAAAUCAUUUUUCUGCGUUAGGUAGCUAAAGUGAAAUCGACUCGUGAUGGUUCUCCUGUCACUAUGCGUAGCUAUAGCUGGAAUUAUUCUGAGUCUGACUUCAGCUGACAAGGCUGGCGAUGUAGAAAAAGAAGAGUUUCUCAAGAACAGGCUGCGAGAGUACGGUCUGAUCACGCCCAUCAGCACCGACGCGGAGGGGCACUUCCUGUCGCACCUCCUCUCGGCCAAUCACAAGCAGCGGGUCAAGAGGGACGUGCAGCAGGGGCCAGGGAGCGCGAGCGAGGAGAGACUGUUUUUCAACGUCACGGCCUUCGGGAGGGAGUUUCACCUGAGGCUGCAGCCCAACCGCAGGCUCAUCGCCCCCGGCGCCAUGGUGGAGUGGCACGACGAGCCGGAGGGGGCCGGGAACGACGGAAACGCCACGGGGAACGGCACCCGGUCCGGCGCGGAGAGGGUACUGAAGAGGGAGCUGCUCCAGACCGACUGCACUUUCAUCGGAGAUAUCACCGACGUCCCCGGGGCUUCUGUGGCAAUUAACAACUGUGACGGGCUGGCCGGCAUGAUCCGCACCGACUCGGAUGAAUACUUCAUUGAGCCGCUGGAGAGAGGCACGCAGGAGCGGGAAGAGAAGGGGCGGGUCCACGUGGUCUACCGACGGUCGGCCGUGCUGCAGGCCUCCUCGGACACGCCCACGGACUACCAGGCCAACGAUCCGGUGCUGGAUGUCCCAGGAGUGCUCCAUAACGUCGCCGAGCAGGUGAACAAGACGGUCCGGAAGCGGCGGCACGCCGGCGAGAACGACUACAACAUCGAGGUGCUGCUGGGGGUGGACGACUCCGUGGUGCGCUUCCACGGGAAAGAGCACGUGCAGAACUACCUGCUCACCCUCAUGAACAUCGUGAAUGAAAUUUAUCACGAUGACUCACUGGGCGUCCAUAUCAAUGUGGUUCUCGUUAGGAUGAUCAUGCUGGGUUAUGCCAAGUCCAUCAGUCUUAUAGAGAGGGGGAACCCGUCGAGAAGCCUGGAGAACGUCUGCCGCUGGGCGUUCGUCCAGCAGAAGGCCGACCCCGAACAUUCGGAGCACCACGACCACGCCAUCUUCCUCACCCGGCAGGGCUUUGGCCCCACUGGCAUGCAAGGGUAUGCCCCGGUAACCGGAAUGUGCCACCCAGUGAGGAGCUGCACCCUCAACCACGAAGAUGGCUUCUCUUCCGCCUUCGUAGUGGCUCACGAGACCGGCCAUGUGCUGGGAAUGGAGCAUGAUGGACAGGGAAACCGCUGUGGGGAUGAAACGGCCAUGGGGAGCGUCAUGGCCCCUCUCGUACAAGCUGCCUUCCAUCGGUACCACUGGUCAAUGUGCAGUGGCCAGGAGCUCAAGCGAUACAUACAUUCUUAUGACUGUCUCUUGGAUGAUCCCUUCAAACACGACUGGCCUCAGCUUCCAGAACUUCCCGGAAUCAACUAUUCAAUGGAUGAGCAAUGCCGCUUUGAUUUUGGCGUGGGAUACAAAAUCUGUACUUCUUUUCGCACGUUUGACCCGUGCAAGCAGCUCUGGUGCAGUCACCCGGACAACCCCUAUUUCUGCAAGACGAAGAAAGGGCCCCCAUUGGACGGGACAGAGUGCGCACCUGGGAAGUGGUGCUACAAAGGCCACUGUAUGUGGAAGAACACCAACCAGGUGAAGCUGGACGGCGCCUGGGGGGCCUGGACCAAGUACGGCUCGUGCUCGCGAUCCUGCGGGACGGGCGUGCGCUUCAGAACCCGCCAGUGCAGUAACCCCGCACCUUCUAACGGGGGCCAGGACUGUCCUGGUGUAAACUACGAGUAUCAGCUUUGCAACACCGAUGACUGUCCCAAGCAUUUCGAGGAUUUCCGUGCCCAGCAGUGCCAGCAGCGUAACUCGCAAUUCGAGUUUCUGGGCGCCAAGCACCACUGGCUUCCCUACGAGCACCCGGACGCCAACAAAAGAUGUCACCUGUACUGCCAGUCGAAGGAAACCGGAGACGUGGCAUACAUGAAGCAGCUGGUUCACGAUGGGACUCGAUGCUCUUACAAAGAUCCGUACAGCAUCUGCGUGCGGGGUGAAUGUGUGAAGGUGGGCUGCGACAAAGAAAUUGGCUCCAACAAAAUGGAGGACAAGUGCGGCGUGUGUGGUGGAGAUAACUCGCACUGCCGGACGGUCAAAGGGACCUUCACUCGCACCCCCAAGAAAGCUGGUUUCCUUAAGAUGUUUCUGAUCCCGCCCGGUGCUAGGCAUGUAAUCAUCCAAGAACAUGAGGCUUCCCCUCACAUUCUUGCAAUCAAGAAUCAAGCCACAGGGCAUUACAUACUGAAUGGGAAAGGAGAGGAGGCGAAAUCAAAGAACUUCAUCGAUCUGGGAGUGGAGUGGGAUUACAUAAUCGAAGACGACGUCGAAACGGUGCACACGGACGGGCCGUUGCACGAUGCGGUGGUCGUGCUGAUUAUACCGCAGGACAAUGAAACGAGAUCGACCCUCAUGUACAAGUACAUUAUACACGAGGACUCGGUGCCGAUCAACAACAACAACGUCAUCCAGGAGGACACGUACGAGUGGGCCCUGAAGAGCUGGUCCCAGUGUUCACGACCUUGUGCAGGAGGGUUCCAGUACACCAAGUACGGGUGCCGUAAAAAGGGCGACAGCAAGAUGGUUCACCGUAGCUACUGUGACGUCAGCAAGAAGCCCAAGCCGAUCCGCCGCAUGUGUAACCUCCAGGACUGCACCCAGCCACAGUGGAUAACGGAGGACUGGGAGCACUGCACCAGAACCUGCGGCAGCCUGGGCUACCAGAUCCGCACGGUGCGCUGUGUGCAGUUCCUGCACGAGGGGACCAACCGCUCCGUGCACAGCAAGUAUUGCAACGGGGAGAGGCCCGAGGCCAGGAGGCAGUGCAACAGGGUGCCCUGCCCCGCCCAGUGGAGGACCGGAGCCUGGUCAGAGUGCUCGGUCACCUGCGGCGAGGGGGUGGAAGAGCGGCUGGUGACGUGCCGGAUUGGAGAUCAGUGCAGCGGGGAGAAGCCGGAGUCCUCCAGGCCGUGCAGGCCCGGGCCGUGUCACGAUGAGCCCUGUACCGGCGAUAAGUCCAUAUUCUGUCAGAUGGAGGUUCUGGCUCGGUACUGCUCCAUUCCCGGCUACAACAAGCUGUGCUGCGACUCGUGCAGCAGGCGGACCAGCACCCUCGCCCCGUACCUGUCCGAGGCCGCCGAGGAGGUCCGGUUCGGUUCGGCUCUGCCCUCCUGGCUCCUCGACCCGUCGUCGUCAGCGGCGGAGGCGGCGUCGUCCAACGGCAGCGCCGGCCUUCCCGCGGGGCCGCUUCACCAAAGCCUUAAAGCGCCCGCCACGCCCGGGAGCUCAGGAAAAGGCGUCCCCGCCACCGUUCCUGCCUCAAAGACAGCCCCGCCCGCCGGCAGCAACAAGACGAGCAGGCGGGUCCCGCAGCAGGCCGGCCGUGGCGGCGGCGGGAAUCCGUCGGCGACGGCGGCGAAAGACGCGACGCCGCAGAGGCGGGGCGGCACGACGGCCCGCCCGCCCCCGGGACCCGCCCCCCCGAGGGCGGAGGCGUCCCAGGAGAGCCGGCGGCCCUCGGAGGUGGAGAGAUGAAGCAGAGGCCUUCCCCCCCUCCCGAACUGUGUGUGUAGAAACCCAGCAGCACCCUGCAUCUUUUACUCAGUAACAUCAGUGUGAAAGAGAGAAAGAAAGAUAGAAAGAGAGAAAAGUGCUGGUUCACUUUCGUCGUGAAGAUUCCUUCUGCGGUUGACCGAAGCAACACUUGUCAUCCUCAUUUCUGUGUGAAGAGAAGCGCCAAAGAUUCUCUGUAAGAAUGGUCGGACUGAUCUUUUGAAUAGCUCGGUUGCCAAGGUUUGCACAUCAGCCGAAGCUAAGAGAUGUCAUGGUGGUAUUCAUUAGAAAGAAAUAUGGUUCUAGUUGUAUAGAAUUACCAAAUCAAGCUAUUUUUGGUUACUGUUUCUCAACUGUUUGUUUGACAAAUAUAUAUUUAUAAGCUGUCCUGUAAAUAAAGUUUAUGUAAAAUGUCAGUAUAAUUUCAAAGAAGGAAAGCUGAUGAUUUUAUAUAUGUUACAAGGACGCAUUGGUGCCUAUCACUUUCCAAAAACCUUGCACACAUAACUUUCUGGAACUAUAGGAAUACAUUAAAAACACUGACAAGUAUCAAUUUCAUAAGUAAUGGGCAAAAUACUGGUGUAACAUAACAUAAACUAAAUACAUAUCAGACUGAAUGAGGAUGUUCUUCAGAAACUAGUGCUACCAGACCACUUACAAUUAAUUAAUGAUUUUAAUUGUCCUUACUAAACAAAGUGUUGUGAGUGUGUGAUAAGCUUGGCAUUUGUAAAACCGCAGUUGCAGUACUGUUAGGUAUUUGGUUUUUGCCACAAAUAUUCAGCCUACCACCCAAUUUGCAUUGCUAUUUCAGUCUUUAAGUAACUCUAUCCAAUUUAAUUUAUGGAUACGGUUUGAUUUAUGGAUAGGCACUGUAUUCUCGACUGACUUGGUGUCAAACAAGCCAAUAAGGGAAAAUGUUGCCAGGAGACUCAUUUCAUUUUCUACAAAUUUUUUGAACACAAACUUUUUUUUGUGUGUGAAUACGUGAAGCUGGACUUACAAAGGCCUUUAUGUAGAACAUAUUGUACAAGAUGUCUUAUGCUUUGUCUGAGAAAGAUUGAGAAAGCUAUUUAUUUUAAGAAGGAUUAUAUCACAACCACAAUGCAUCUGACUGCAAUAGACAUUUAUUUUUUGUUUCAGCUGUGUUCACAGUGCAACCAUUCAUACUCUCUCCUGUGUGUCAAUGUAUAGCACUUGUAUAUAGGAUUGAGAACAUAAAAUAUUUAUUAAAAGCUGACAUUUUUUUGUAUUUGCUGCAUCAUCUGGUAUUUGCCAGUAAUAAUAACCAAAUAUCAAUAUGCCAAUUUUUCAAGGCUAUCUUUUUACCAGCAUAAUUCAGUUCAUUCAUAAAUUCCAUAAAAUUUACACAUUUAGUUAGAAAAAUUUGACCAUAAUUGAGAAGCAAACUGAAAUUUAAAAACGACAAUGUUUUCAACAAGCAAAGUAACUAGUAACUAGUUUACAAAAACAAUGCUCAUAAUUUUGAGAUAAUUUUGUCCCAGAGAAAGCUGUUUGUCACAGCUGUUGUAGUAUUAAAUCGGAAUUGAAACACAACUAAGCUGACUCCUUACAGCAGAGAGUAGUGUUAGUUGACUGUAGUUAGUGUUUUUUUUUUGUUUAUUUGUUUUUUGUGAAAGAGUGGAACAAAGGUAUUAGUUUUUAUGUUGUCCCCCUAAAACAAGGGCUGUUUAACACAAAACAAUAGCUAGACAUGUGUACAGUUGUCCUUUCCAUCUAACAAUUUUAGCACUUAGUGCUUGUUACAUUUUGUUGUCAAUUCAUAAUGUUGUUGACUUGCUGCCUAUAAAGAAUUGCUGCUAAUGUUACACAAGGCUUUCAAGUUCAAAGAGAAGAUAGUUUUUUUUUUGUUUCAUUUUUAGAUUUUAUAUCGACAAUCCCUGAGCCUCAGACAGAUAUACUGUACAGGAUAUGUGUUUUUUGUAUCCCCAGUAUUACCCUUGCUUUUUAAAGUAUUACUGUUCUGAUAAAGUUGGUAUUUCUCAUUUCUAAUCGCUUACAUUUUCUUCUGUUUUGUAGACUUAAUUUAAGUGUUCACUACUGAUGCUGUUUGUUGUAAUGGGGAGCACAUAGCAAUAAAGGAUAUACUAAACUUC